AUGGCGGGCCCCAAGCUGGGCGCCAUCCUGCGGGUGUGCCGAUUCGGCCCGGCGCCGCAGGCCUACCUGCCCGCGCUGGGGCUGCAGCGACGGCUGGCGGCCCUGCGCGAGGCAGACGCGAUCCCGGACACGCUCCUCCAGUUGCAGCAUCCGCUGGUGUACACGGCGGGGAAGCGCGCCAAGGAGCUGGAUUUUCGGGUGCCGCUGGAGGACCUGCGCGCCCGUGGCUAUGACGUCCACUUCGUGGAGCGGGGCGGCGAGGUGACGUUCCACGGCCCAGGCCAGGCGGUGGCCUACCCGAUCGUCAAACUGCGGUCGACUCGCGUUGGGGCGCGCCUGUUCGUGGAGGGCCUGGAGGAUGUGAUGGUGCGCACGCUGGGCAUCUACGGCGUGGCCGCGAGAGGCAGGGUGCCAGGAAAGACGGGCGUGUGGGUGGGCGAUAGGAAGGCGGGCGCCAUUGGCGUGAGGAUCUCCAGGGGGGUGAGCUCGCACGGGAUGUCGCUGAAUGUGAAGACUGACCUAACGCAUUACAACAACAUCGUGCCUUGCGGCACGCCUGAAAAGAAAAUGACAAGCCUGGCCAAGGAGACCGGCCUAGACGUGGACCAUGUCGCCGUGGAGGACCACAUGGCGCGGGCGUUUGCCGCUCACUUCAACUAUGCGGACGUUCAGUACGUGUCGCCAGAUGCGCUUGAAGUGGCUUGA